UACGGAGCAUAAAAAUCAAUUUCACUUAAUUAGCAACUUUUUCUCCUAUCUAGUGGCAAUGUUGCAACACAAUUCCAGCCGUGCUGGACGUAAAUAAAUGUGAAAGAUGUAGCGUUGACAUUGAAACAAGUAAAAUCAUUGUCAAUGCCACCAUCACUAAAUUUGUAGCUUGCUGUUGCAGCUUUUGAUCGUGUUAUGUGCAAUAGAAAGUGAGUUAUUAAUGUGCCACUGCCGCUGGGCCACUGCUAGGGGUAGCAUCGAAAGUAAUUUCGUUUUCAUUUGAGAAACAUUAUUCGCUCGACGUGGUUGUGCCGUUCUCACUUAAUUUCAACUAAAUAACAAAUUACGCACGUUCAUACAUUAACAAUUAAUUAUAAUUUAUAUUAAUAAAUUAAAAUGAUAUCUAACGUAGUUUAUAUAAACGUAGCGUGUAUAACGUUGAUUCUGUUAGACAGGUCCGGUAUCCUUGCGAAAGGCUCACAUGGGAAUUCAUUCACCAAGAAUAGAUGCUUGAAUCCUCCUCGUACUGCGCGCCGAGUGGAAUCUUUCAUACAGGAGUGUCAAGAGGAUGUUAAAAAUAAACUAAUUAGCGAAGCUUACUACAUACUUAAGAGUCAAGUAAAAAAAGAAUAUACGCCAUUGGACAUUACUGUAGAUAAUAUUUCGGAGAUCAAUUCGGCACCCAUACCAGCUCCUGCUCUAUCGAUUAUCUUCCAUACCAUCGAAGAAAACUCUAAUUUAGCGUCUCAACAUGAUGCUUAUCAAUUUCAACCAAACAGGCAACAAGUGACAAGUUUGAUGCAUCGUAUUCGACGCAUAUCAUAUGACCCGCGUAGUGCCAUUUAUAAUCCCACAUUGGUACCCGCGGAAGAAAAACGUUUAGCUGGCUGCCUGCUACACUGCGUUUAUGCGAAAAAUAACGCUAUCGACAAACUGGGAUGGCCUACUCUUGACGGCUUAGUAAACUUUUACUCAGAAGGAGUGAAUGACCACGGGUUUUUUAUGGCCACACUGCAAUCCGUAAAUCUUUGCCUGCAUGCAAUUACAAUAAAGUAUAAUAUCAAUCGACGCAAACUACCAAAACGUGGUGAAAGCUGUGAUUUAGCUUUCGACGUAUUUGAUUGUAUUUCGGACCAACUAACAGGUUAUUGUUUAAAUCAAUACGAAUAACAUAUCUCAAUGGAUAACUAUCUUGUGACGACUUGAUAUAAGAAUACACUUUCGAACUACUAGUAAAAUUUUUGAAUGUAAAAAAAAAUCCAAAAACCUAUUCUCUAUAAAGAAUAAUCGAAAUAUUUUUUAUUAUCUUCAUCGCUCCCACAUAUGUAGGUAAAAGUUGAAAGUAAUGUAUGAUAUUUCCACUUUAACACCAUAGAUCUCAAACUUGUUGGAAACAUUCUACUUCAAUUAUAUACUUGUAUGACGACUGGAGUAAAUACAAUAUCCGCUAUGCAACCGUGUAACAAAAUUUACUUCUACGUCUACUCGCAUUUUUGUAACUAGACAGUAAAUUAGUUGUUUCAAAUUUUUUCAAAUAUUAAAAAAUUACCAAUUAAUCAAUAUUAAAAACAUUGUAUUGUAUUUCCUGUAUCGAUACUAAUAUUAUAAAAACGAAAGAUUUGAUUGUUUGUUCGUUUGAAUUGAAUAAGCCUGAAACUACUUGACGAAUUUGAAAAAUUUUGGCGGCGUUGGGAAGCUACACUAUCUACGGUGAAAAUAGGCUAUAUUAGAUUUUCAAAAAAUUAGGGAUUCUUACUAAAACGUCAAUAAUGUAACCUAAGGUGUAAAAAAAUGACAACAAUUUUUUCAUCGCGUGCGCUGCGAAUACUAUUGAUUAUAGGACAAAACAAUGUACUACGACAUAUAAUUAUGUAUCUACAAAUUGACAUGUCGCGACAGCAUACUUAUGUCUAACUAUUAUAGUUACAUCACACUAAGUGUACUUUGAUUAAACGAAAAUAAUUAAAAUUACCUUGGUAUAAAUCCUUAGCAA